CCGCCGCCCGCCUAAGGCAUGAGUGUGCGCGGAGCGGGCGGGCAGCGCUGCCAACUGAUACUGCAGCGUUGCCUCGCGAUACACCUCACGAAGCCGGGCAACGCGCCAGAUGACUUCUGGAUGUACGAUUCUGGCUAUCUACUGUUCCAGAGCUUCCUAGCAGCAAAUGCGAAAUGUUGGUGGGCGGGAGCGCUUGCAGCAGCGACGGCAGAGCUGCGUUAUGCCGGCUACGUGUCGCCAGGUGUCCUCCUCGUGGCGGGGGCCCCUCGCGCGUUAGAAACUGUUAGGGGGGCCUACUCCCGCUCUGUUUUAAAACCACCACCUACUUAUCUCAUUUGCGGUCUUGGUGACAUAGAGGACUGCAUCGUGACACCGGCGUACCAGGGGCAGUUCACACCCUUGCCGGAGGCACUAUGCGAUUGCAUUAUGGACCUAACUUCACAGGGGCAAUCAGCAACAUUAGAAAGUAUAAGAACAUCGUUGUCAGCAAAGUUUCCGUCGAUGCAGACUCCAUCGCAAGAGGUGGUGUACGACACGCUGGCCCAGCUGAUGCAGGAAAGAAAGAUAUACCAAACUUCGCGAGGGUUCUUCAUAGUUACACCAGAACGACGCCGGUCGCGAUCGCGCUCCUCUUCUCGACAUCACUCAACAGAAGAUGAAUGCAGUUCUCCCCGCACCAUCCUCAUGUCAGACCAAGAAGCACUUCACCAGCUGUACGGAGAAAUAACCACCGUACGAGAUGGAGCAGUAACGCAUCAGUGCGUACAGACAAACUUGGCUGAUGUCAUAUGUGGAGGAAAUCCCAAUGAUAAGAUCCUGUAUGGUAGACCAAAUAAACGUCGUAGCGCCUCUUUCCCCGCUCCCCGCUCACUUGACCGUCGCCACUCCCUGAGGAUCUUCGGCUCCUCGAGCAAGUACUUGCAGCGAUGCGCUUCCACACGCAGCUUGCACCAUAAGCACGCUAAUACGACAGAUAGCUCGUCUUCUACCGACUACCCUCCAAGUGUAGAAUCUGCGUCGCCUAAGAAAGUGUCGUUGCUCUCCCGCUUAUUCAGACGAAGCGGCCGCAGCAAGCAGACCCGCGCGAUGAGCACCUUCUCUGCACAAUUCCCGCCCACUGAGUGGUUCAACUCUAAAGCGGUCCAUCUACACUGUGUCGCUACGCAAACGGACUCAAAGGAGUCCCUGCAGAGCCAAACGUCUUUCGUGUCAUCAUACUACGACGGUUCAGAAAUCAGCAAUCGAUCGUCGACAUUACCGAGGAGGCACAAAAGGCAUCUUUCCACCGAGUCCGGACUCGCUACUUCUAUACAGUACGACCAUUCACCAGUGCGACAGUCCAGUCCUAGUUCUGGCAGUCUUCCGAGAUCAACCUUAAGCAGAAGUUCAACGAAUAAAACAAUCUUAGACCAUUUUGGAUCACCCCAAAGAAACAGCGAGCCAAAAUUGAGGGACAGUCCUAAUGGAAGUUUGCGUCGUGUAGAUUAUUCUGAUAACGUCAUGUCUACGAGUGGCCCAUCAAGUUUAGAGAGCACGAAUAAUCAUCGAACGCCUAGAAAGGACUGUAAAAUUGGUCAGACAGAUUUAAAUUCUCCAAUAAAAAGAAGUUAUCAUACUACAAGUAGUAGUGGUCACUCCAGUUUAGAAUCGCACAUAUCAGAUCGCACGUUAAAGCCUUCGCCUAGUCAUACUAAUGGAGCGUCGGGUCUCAGUAGAGCACAGUCACUUGUUAAAGUUCAAAGUCUUCAAAGUUCACCUAAAAGUUUACAUAAGUAUAGAACGAAACCUCCAAUUGUUGGUGGGGAAACAAAAAACGGUAAAAACUCUUCACCUAGAACUUCGCCACAAAAUUGUCCAAGUACACCCAAAAAAACCGCAACCCCUCUUCAUAACAAGACUCUUGGAACAAAAGUUGAAAAUCCCGCUACCUCGAUGCUUGCUAGUUCCAACUCAAAUAAUUCCAUAACACUUAAAGUCACGACUAAUACUAUGUCACAAAACGGCGGUACAAACACCAAAGUCUACGUCCAAAAUUCACCCGUCCGAUCUGUUAUCACUUUCGAAAACGGCAAAGUUACCGAAACCAGUAAUGGAAGUAAUAUUUAUAUUAUUAAUGACGACAGGCAAGUCGUAUCAGUAUCCCAAAACGGUACAAAUCAAACAGCAAAAAACUCAAAGGAAACUUCCUUUGAUGUUUGCGUUGAAAAGAAAAAUCAAAUGUACCAAGAAUCGGAACCAGUAAAAGUACAAGAAAAUAAGUUUAAUAAAAAUUCGAUUAACGACACGGGUAUGAAUAAUAAUCGAAAACUAUCAUUACAAAUAGGCGGCGCAGCAAAUAAUAACAGUUUUAUAUACAAAAAUCAAUUAAACAACACGAACGAAGUAGUAUCAAACCCAUCUUCUCCAGCCAUACAUAAUAACAUAAAUAGUAUAGAAAUAAGCGCCAAUAGUAAUCCUUCUACACCAACCAAAAGUUAUGAUAAUGUAAUUGGAUCUUUAGGUAACCUCAGGUAUCAAAAAAACUCUCUAACGUCGACAAACACCGGGGUGCAUACGAAUAUAAAUUCGAAUAGCGAAUUAAAGAGCGUCGACUUAUUAAAAAAGGCUGCGGCAUUGCAAAUGUUAAAUGGGCUUCCAAAUGUACAUAACAGAAUGAGCUCAGAGUCGAUAGCCAAUUUAUUAACAAAAGGCAUCGAUCAAAAACCGACUGUGCUAGGUUCGGAACCAAACCUCGCACUGAAGAAUCAAGAAUUGAUAAAAGAUAUCAACACUUCGACCGAGAAAAUCAACUGUUUAGAGAACAAACAGAAACGAUACAGCCUUAGCCAAGAUGGCAAGAAAGAUCAUCAGGAUUUUUACAAUUUUCCAAGCCUAAGCGACUUGAGCUUUAAUUUCACUAGUUUAGCUGCACAGAAGAUUCUGAAAGGGGUCAGUAUAAAUAGCGUUGACACAUUGGUAGAAUUAAACAUGGCUGCCAACGGUUCGGAGAAGCAAAACAAUCGUGAUGUCGCUGCGGUAUGCACAGACUUUGGACUUGUAUAGUACAUAAGCUGUUUAUUUUGUUUAAAUGUACAAUAGUAGUCGUAAUCGGUACACAAUGUAAGCUAGUUAAAAACUUAUUUGUAACGAGUUCAUAAUAUACCUUAGGUACAUGCUAUAUUUAGUUCAAACUUUGUACUCAUUUGAGAUUUUGUACACUCAAAUUAUAAAAUUAUCCUUUAGAAACUUCUACAUGUAUCCUUUUAACGAAUUUUAGCCUUUACUAACCUAUCAUCUACAAACAUUAACUUAGAAAUUUAUAUCAUUCAGUAUUCAUGAAAAUAUAUUAACACUCAGUAAAAUUCUUAGGUUGUAGCUUAUUGAAAGUAAUAUGACAAUAAAAUUACUUCAAGCAAAUCGAAGGUGGCCUAAAAAUACCCAUCCAUAAUGAAUUUAGUGCCUAUAUCCAAGUAUUAUAUUAUAACCUGUCACUGUAAGGAGUAAUGUUAUAUUCUAAACUUUACUAGCCUUUAGCACAUACCUUUAUUUGUUCACACUUCAAUAAAACGAUGCAUUUUCCACACGCCAGCACUUCUGUUUGUGCCAUUGCAGAUUUUCCAGUGAAAAAGUUGAGUACAAACUAGAUUACAUCUCCAUUUAAAACAGAUUCCAUCCAAAGAUGGGAAUUUAUAGAGAUGUAUGUAUAGAGUAUGUCAUGUAUAAGUGCCAUAAAUAAACCAUAUUGUAAUGAAAUAAGAAUCAGGCAGUUGUUAUGAUUUUUGUGGAUUGGUGACCAUUAUUUUUAUUUGUCUGCUGCACUUCAAGUGCGGUAGAAAUAAAGGGUAAUAUUUAUUCAUUAGAAAAUAUAAUCGGAGUCAAUGCAUACUAGUUUUAAGUGUUCAGUAACGCCAUUUGUAAAAAAUGUAUUAACAAUAUAAGUUGAUGCUUUAUUU